UGAUCGCCGUUGUUGAAGAAACGUGCGUUAGGCUUUUAAUCGUGGAAACCGGACUCAGCUCCCCGUCGGCCUCCUCCCAGUCGAGCUUCCUCCAGUGGCCUCCAAUGACACCGUAGGACGCUCAAGGAACAAUUAGGCCGCCCUGGGGCAGAGGCAGACUACACCAUUGACCUACUCUCGGACAAACUACUUCAACCCAGCAGGUGAUUUCCCUCCUCUACCCACUACCUCGUCUCGCAGCCGCACCGUCCUCUAAGCUUCAGCCACUACGCCCCUUCGCGGUCUUUUUCUCACUUAUUUCGGUUCUCACCAUGAACUGCGGUCCGUUCUACACUCGAAUCCUAAGAUCAGCCGGCGCUUCCUAGAACUCUGUCGCGGUAGGAGCAUGUCUCUGCCGGGACCAAAUGUCCGUAUCAGCAUCGAUCCCCGACACUUCGCUUGGCCUUACCUCCUCCGAGAUCCAGAUCCUACGACAACAACAACAAAUUGCACUUCAGGGCAGCCAUGGGACCAAUGGUAUUUCCAGAGGCAGAGGGACCGGACGAACGAGCAAUUCCAGUUCCCGCGCCGCCAGUGCCGCCAGCAGUCAUGGCCGGUUACUGCUGGAUCCUAUGAGUUUACGAGCACUUUCGCAGCAGUUGGAUGGAUUGCAGCAACAAAUGCGGAGUCGCAUUGAUUAUCUCGAGGAACAAAUGCAGCUGUCGAUUCAAAACAGCUACGAUCGUGCCGGCAACGUUGUACGCAAUGCUGACGCCGAAAUCGCCCGCACCCGGUCCAUUUUAGCCUCCAUAGAUGAGCUGGAAAACGAGCUCGCCAAGAUCGGGCACAUAAGAGAAAUUGUGAAAGCAUACCGCGGCCGCAUAGAAGGUCUUGAUCAACGGCUGGACCAAGCUGCCCGUCGGAGGCAUUGAACUUCACGAAUCAGCCCUCUUAACAUAGUACCCAUUUUUCCCGAUGCAUGUCGGUCGUCCCAACAUCACUCAAUAUCGCUGGCGCCCAUGCACUUCAGCCUCUUCUCCACCCUAUUCGCUUCACAAACAUUAUUGGGACCAACUGAUCUCAGUAUGUUUAUUGCAAUUUUACUCGAUUGAUUGUCCUUGAGAUGGUUCGUUUUAGUAAGCCUC